UUCCUAACUGCCAAAGAUUCAGAAGAAUAUUCCAUCAUCUUGUUUGUGCAGCCAAGCAACUAAGAACAAGGCCACAACUGUGUCCUUUUCUUUCCCAGCUUCAUUGUUGUGGCUGAGGAUAAGAGCAGAGAACGGCCACCAUAACCCACAGCAUAUUUGAAAAAUCUAAGUCUCAUGGCAUUGGCUUUGAACAGCAUAAUCCCCCACACCACAGCUUUGAGCUUAAGCACUUCUUUGCCUUCUCCUAAAAAGCCUACAAGCCUUCAAUUUCAACAGCCUCACAAUCGUCGCCAAAUCACUCAAAUUGUGCAAAGCACUGCCUCGUCCUCCACCAACACCACCCUUUCUGAUGUUAAACUCCAAAUUCAGGAGGACCGCAACUUCAAUCCCACUUCCACUUCUGCCACUGCGUGGUCCGAAUUUGCCAGAAAUGUGUCCGGUGAAUGGGAUGGCUAUGGAGCAGACUUCACAAAGGAAGGGAGCCCAAUUGAACUUCCUGAGAAUGUUGUACCUGGAGCUUACAGGGAGUGGGAGGUUAAGGUUUUCGAUUGGCAGACUCAGUGCCCCACUCUUGCUAACCCGGAAGAGCCCGUUCUUGUGUACAAGAAUAUAGAGCUACUACCAACAGUUGGAUGUGAAGCUGAUGCUGCUACACGAUACACCGUCAUUGAGAAGAACAUUGGUGGUGUGAAUAACGAAGUUUCUGCCUUUGCAUAUCAGUCUAGCGGAUGCUAUGUGGCCGUCUGGCCAGGUGAGGAAAAGGGUAAUAAGUUGUUGGAGUUGGAGUAUUGCUUGAUUAACCCUCAAGAUAAGGAGUCUCGUGUGAGAAUAAUUCAGGUCAUCCGUAUAGACAAUAUGAAGAUGAUGCUGCAGAAUACAAGAGUGUUUUGUGAGCAGUGGUAUGGACCAUUCAGAAAUGGGGAUCAAUUAGGCGGGUGUGCUAUCCGGGAUUCUGCCUUUGCUUCUACGGCUGCAUUGAAAGCUUCAGAAGUUGUUGGGACUUGGCAGGGCCCAAGAGCUCUUGCCAAUUUUGAUGGUUAUGGUUUGGAAAAUGAUAAACAUAACUUUUUUCAAGAACUUUUAGACAACAGUGAGCAGAACUCCGUAAGAGAUGAAAGUGGUCUGAUAUUGCUUCCCAAGCAGUUGUGGUGUUCGCUAAAAGAAUGUAAAGAUGGUGAUACUUACAGCGAGGUGGGAUGGCUGUUAGAUCAUGGACGUGCAAUCACAUCAAAAUGCACCUUCUCAAGCACAGCAUUGCUGAAGGAUAUCUCAGUAUCAUAUGAAACUGUAGCUUUGAAGGCUACAUAGAAAUUUCGGAUGAGCUCCAAUAUGAACUAUCUAUCAGUCGCAAUGCAAGCAAAUUCAAACACAAAUAUCGAAUUUUAUAUGAAAUGUAUCUUCGAGUCUUAUUUUUUUUUCUUUUUCUUUUUAAUCUAUUUUAGGCAAUGGAUAACAACAAUAAGCCAUCGACAUCACGUGGCCAAUAAUGUCAUGUACAAAACUUGUGCUAUUUUGUUCAAACUCAUAGUAAUACCACAUGCUCUGAAA